GGCGCCGCCACACCGCAGGUGGAGGGCGGCGACCUCCGGCGACGCCGACGCGGCUCCGGUUUCCUCCGUCGAUACGACCGCCGCCGCUGCCGAUCCGGCGAGUUUUUGUAUCAUCGAAGGACCUGAAACAGUACAAGAUUUUGCCAAAAUGGACUUACAGGAAAUUCAAGAUAACAUUAGGAGUCGUCGAAAUAAAAUCUUUUUGCAAAUGGAGGAGGUUCGGAGGCUGAGAAUACAGCAGAGGAUAAAAAGUGCUGAACUUGGAAUCUUAAAUGAAGAACAAGAAAAUGAACUUCCUGACUUUCCAUCAUUUAUACCUUUCUUGCCUCCUCUGACUCCAGCAAAUCUAAAGAUGUAUUACAUAUCAUGUUUCUCUCUGAUAGCUGGAAUUAUCAUCUUUGGCGGCCUUCUUGCGCCAACUCUGGAGCUCAAAUUAGGAGUGGGAGGCACAUCUUACGCAGAUUUUAUCGGUAGUGUUCAUCUACCGAUGCAAUUGAGUCAAGUUGAUCCAAUAGUGGCGUCCUUCUCUGGAGGAGCAGUUGGAGUUAUCUCAGCCCUAAUGGUAGUUGAGAUAAACAACGUCAAGCAGCAGGAGCAUAAACGAUGCAAAUACUGUCUAGGAACUGGAUACCUGGCUUGUGCUCGCUGUUCGAGCACCGGAGCUGUUGUUUUAAUCGAACCCGUUUCAACUCUCAAUGGCGGAGAUCACCCUUUAUCAGCACCGAGAACACAAAGGUGCUCAAAUUGCUCCGGUGCAGGAAAGGUGAUGUGUCCGACAUGCCUUUGCACGGGCAUGGCAAUGGCGAGCGAGCAUGACCCGCGAAUCGAUCCAUUUGACUAGAAGCACACGUCUGUCUAUCUGUUUAUGGCCCAUACUGGGAUGUAAGGUUGUUGUACAUAAUCAUGCUGAUUAUUAUAAAAGUGAUUCUUGAGGUUGGACAUAUCGAUAAAGGCGCUAAGGUUUGUACUGCUCAUAUUGCAGACUAUACUAAAGUAUGUGCAGUAUGGACUUCAAUAUCGGGUUUUGCUGAUUCUACUGAUAUACAGAGCUUCAACAGUGGGUCGUAAUAAGCAUACUUAUUUGCGUACGGAGUUAAUUCUGCAAUAGAUUAUAUUGAGUUACUGCUGUUGAACA